AUGCUGCGAUCAUGCUGUUUUAGACCAUUGGAGAGAUGUUUUGGGAUUCGGAAUGAUGAGUUGUUAUGGCACAUGGAUUUGAAGCCACACGCAACUGGAGACUUUUCUAUGGCUGUUGUUCAGGCUAAUUCAGUCCUCGAAGACCAAAGCCAAGUCUACACUUCGCCAUCGGCAACUUACAUCGGCGUUUAUGAUGGACACGGAGGCCCUGAAGCCUCCCGUUUCGUUAGCCGCCACCUCUUCCCUUAUAUACGGGAAUUUACCAAAGAACAUGGAGGGUUAUCUGUGGAUGUAAUAAAGAAGGCAUUUAAUGCUACAGAAGAGGAUUUUACUCGUUUGGUGAAGCGAUCAUUGCCUAUCAGACCGCAGAUUGUUUCAGUUGGAUCAUGUUGUCUUGUCGGUGCAAUAUCUGAUGGUGAACUGUAUGUUGCGAAUUUAGGAGACUCUAGAGCAGUGCUUGGUAGCCAAGGUUCUGAUGGGAAGAGGUUGGCAGAACGUUUGUCAACGGAUCAUAACGUAUCUUGUGAAAAUGUAAGGAGGGAGGUCGAAGCACAACAUCCUGAUGAUUCACCCAUAGUUGUCAAUUGUCGUGGAGUUUGGAGGAUCAAGGGCAUAAUCCAGGUGUCAAGAUCUAUUGGCGACGUCUAUCUGAAAAAACCUGAUUUUAACAGAGACCCACUUUUCUUACAAUUUGGAAACCCUAUUCCUUUGAAGAGACCACUAUUAACAGCUGAACCGUCAAUUGUUACUCGGAAGCUUAGGCCACAAGAUUUGUUUUUAAUCUUUGCCUCAGAUGGCCUCUGGGAGCAUCUCAGUGAUGAAGCAGCAGUGGAUAUUGUAUUUAAAUACCCAAGAGCUGGUAUAGCCAAGCGAUUAGUUGGAGCUGCCAUUCACGAGGCAGCAAAGAAGAGGGAGGUGAGAUACAAGGACAUUAGAAAGAUCGAAAAGGGAGUUAGGCGUCAUUUCCAUGAUGAUAUUACUGUGAUUGUGUUCUAUCUGGAUCACGAUCAUCAUCAUAAAAGUCCUAAACACAAACGAGGGUCUUUUGGGAGCACCAGUGCCCCUGUUGACAUCUUCUCCUAUAAUUCAGAUGAAGUGGAGGAAAUUCCAGUUGACAAGAUUUUUUCCAAUGAGGAAUCUCGGCAUAUAUUAGCAGUAUCCUAA